CAACUCAUACUUCCGGUACUGCGUGGAUAAGGGGAAAAGUUGCACGUUCAGGACAAAGUUUUAUUUUGCGCUUCUAAUUGGCAUCAUCAAACUGUUAACGACUGUGAUUUUGUUUCCGAUAGUUUUACUUUAUACAGUAAAUAAUUCUGUACAUUUGUGAAACAUCAAAUGUUGAGCAUGUCGACGAACAAUUUGUCGUACAACGACCAAGGAGGAUCGGAUUCAGCCGUGGAGGUUGGUCAGGAGACUACCCCGACCUCCUCCAAUGCUGGAGCUGGAUUUGGCCUGUUCAGCACCAACUUUAAAAAGAAUGAUGACCUUAAAGAGAUGCUGGAGAGCAAUAAGGACUCACUCAAACUGGACGCCAUGAAGAGGAUCAUUGCGCUGAUCGCCAAGGGGAAGAAUGCCUCCGAGCUGUUCCCAGCUGUGGUGAAGAACGUGGCCAGUAAGAACAUAGAGCUGAAGAAGUUGGUGUAUGUGUACCUGGUGAGGUAUGCAGAGGAGCAGCAGGACCUGGCUCUACUGUCCAUCAGCACCUUUCAGAGGGCCCUCAAGGACCCUAACCAGCUGAUCAGAGCCAGUGCUCUGAGGGUUCUGUCCAGUAUCAGAGUCCCCAUCAUCGUUCCCAUCAUGAUGCUGGCCAUCAAGGAGGCUGCCUCCGACAUGUCCCCUUACGUCAGGAAAACAUCCGCCCACGCCAUCCAGAAACUCUACAGCCUGGAUCCAGAUCAGAAGGAGCACCUGAUAGAAGUCAUUGAUAAAUUGCUGAAGGACAAAAGCACUCUGGUAGCGGGCAGCGUGGUGAUGGCCUUUGAGGAAGUGUGUCCCGACCGUAUUGACCUGAUCCAUAAGAACUACCGUAAACUCUGCAACCUGCUGGUGGACGUGGAGGAGUGGGGUCAGGUGGUCAUUAUCACCAUGUUGACCCGCUACGCCAGGACGCAGUUCACCAGCCCCUGGAAAGAGGACGGUCUGUUUGAUGAGAACAGUGAGACGGCGUUCUAUGAGUCUGAUGAGAAAAAGACGAAAAAUGGGGACGAAAAGAAGUCCUACGUGAUGGACCCUGACCACAGACUGCUUCUGAGGAACACCAAGCCUCUACUACAGAGUAGAAACACUGCCGUGGUGGUGUCAGUAGCUCAGCUGUACUGGCACCUGGCUCCUAAACACGAGGUCGGCGUCAUCACCAAGUCACUGGUCCGACUGCUCCGAAGCCACAGAGAGGUGCAGUACGUUGUGUUACAGAACAUCGCCACCAUGUCUAUCCAGAGGAAGGGCAUGUUUGAACCUUACAUGAAGAGUUUCUAUGUGAGAUCCACAGAUGCCACUCACAUCAAAUCGCUCAAGCUGGAGAUCUUAACCAGCCUGGCCAACGAAGCCAACAUCUCAACCAUCCUUAGAGAGUUCCAGACUUAUGUGAAGAGCCAAGACAAGCAGUUUGCAGCCGGUACCAUCCAGGCCAUCGGCAGGUGUGCCACCAACAUCUCUGAGGUGACAGACACCUGCCUCCAAGGACUGGUGCUGCUGCUCUCCAACCGAGACGAGACGGUGGUGGCUGAGAGCGUGGUGGUCAUCAAGAAGCUUCUCCAGACCCAGCCCACCCAGCACAGUGACAUCAUCAAACACAUGGCCAAGCUCUUCGACAACAUCGCUGUGCCGAUGGCACGGGCCAGCAUCCUGUGGCUGAUGGGGGAGUACUGUGAGAGGGUCCCUCAGAUCGCCCCCGACGUCCUCCGCAAGAUGGCCAAGAGCUUCACCUCCGAGGAGGACAUCGUCAAGCUGCAGACUGUCAACCUGGCUGCCAAACUCUACCUCACCAACUCCAAACAGACCAAGUUGUUGACCCAGUACAUUUUGAACCUGGGGAAAUAUGACCAGAACUAUGACAUCAGAGACCGCACGCGCUUCAUCCGCCAGCUCAUCGUGCCCAAUGAGAAGAGCGGCGCACUCGGCAAAUACGCCCGCCGCAUCCUGCUGGCGCCCAAGCCGGCGCCCGUCCUCGAGUCCACAUACAAAGACCGUGAUCGUUACCAGUUGGGAACGCUGUCCCACACCAUCAACACCAAAGCCAGCGGCUACCUCGAGCUCUCUGAUUGGCCUGCCGUGGCUCCUGACCAAUCCGUGAGGAACGUGGAGGUGAUUGAGCCGGUGAAGGAGUGGGCUCCGUCGCCAGGGAAGACUGGAAAGUCCAAGCUGUCCAAGUCAUCAGAUGAUAAGUUCUACUCUGACUCUGGAGAGGAGAAGGGCUCAGGGAGCAGUAGCAGUGAUGACAGCAGCAGCAGUAGUGAAGAGUCAAGCAGUGAGGCGGAGAGCGAUGAGGAAAAGAGCAGUGAAGAGUCCGACAAGUCCUCCAGCCAAUCAGAGAAGAGUUCCAGUGAGUCUGACUCUGAACAGAAGAAAACGACUAAGAAACCACCACAGAAGAAGACAGUCAAACCAACGGCCAAAGACAGUGAUUCGGACGAGAACGGGAACGUUGCCACAGAAACCAGCAGUUCGUCUGCAGAAGAGACCUCGUCUGGGUCCGACGCAGACUCCCACUCAGGCACCGAGCACAAGAAGAAAACCAAGUCUAAAGCCAAACUCAAGAUGGAGGUGAAGUCAACGAAGGAGGUGUCCCUGUUGGAUUUGGACGACUUCACUCCUACACCAGUGACCCGGCCCAAGACGUCUGUCCUCUCCCCCAGCCUGCUCGGAGACCUGGAAGGCCUGUCUCUCUCCAACAACUCCUCCACCAUACAGGUGAGCUGCCCGGCGUUUGUCCCCGAGAAGAGCCAUGACCUGCUGCACCGUAUGACCGGUAAAGGUCUGUCAGCCCAGUACCAGUUCCCCAGACAGCCCUGUCUCUACCAGCCCACCAUGGUCUCAGUCCAGAUCAGCCUGACCAACACCACAGACCACCCUCUGGAACAGAUCCACGUCGGAGACAGGGGCCCCACAGGGCUCGACAUGCACUGCUUCAAUACUAUAGGUGGGUUAGAUAACAUAAUACACUGCUUCAAUACUGUUGGUGGGUUAGAUAACAUAAUACACUGCUUCAAUUCUGUUGGUUGGUUAGAUAACAUAAUGUACUGCUUCAAUACUGUAGGUGGGCUAGAUAACAUAAUGUACUGCUUCAAUACUGUAGGUGGGCUAGAUAACAUAAUACACUGCUUCAAUACUGUAGGUGGGUUAGAUAACAUAAUGUACUGCUUCAAUACUGUAGGUGGGCUAGAUAACAUAAUGCACUGCUUCAAUACUGUAGGUGGGCUAGAUAACAUAAUGCACUGCUUCAAUACUGUAGGUGGGCUAGAUAACAUAAUACACUGCUUCAAUACUGUAGGUGGGCUAGAUAACAUAAUACACUGCUUCAAUACUGUAGGUGGGUUAGAUAACAUAAUACACUGCUUCAAUACUGUUGGUGGGUUAGAUAACAUAAUGCACUGCUUCAAUACUGUAGGUGGGUUAGAUAACAUAAUACACUGCUUCAAUACUGUAGGUGGGCUAGAUAACAUAAUACACUGCUUCAAUACUGUAGGUGGGUUAGAUAACAUAAUACACUGCUUCAAUACUGUAGGUGGGUUAGAUAACGUAAUACACUGCUUCAAUACUGUAGGUGGGUUAGAUAACGUAAUGCACUGCUUCAAUACUGUAGGUGGGUUAGCUCCUUUUUGUCAUGUAGUGUAUGUGGAUACCUGCUCGUCGAACAUAUUCCACAAUCAAUGGCAUUAAUAUGGAGUUGGUCCCCCCUUUGUCGCCAUAACAGCCUCCACUCUUCUGGGAAGACUUUCCACUAGAUGUUGGAACAUUGCUGUGGGGACUUGCUUCCAUUCAGCCACGAGCAUUAGUGAGGUCGGGCACUGAUGUUGGGCGAUUAGGCCUGCCUCACAGUCGAAGUACCGAUUCAUCCCAAAUGUGUUUGAUGGGGUUGAGGUCAGUGCUCAGUGUAUGGACCUCUCUUUGUGCAUGGGGGCAUUGUCAUGCUGAAACAGGAAAGGGCCUUCCCAAAACAGUUGCCACAAGGUUGGCAGCACACAAUUUUAUUAUUAUUAUAUUACAAUUUUCUAGAAUGUCAUUGUCUACUGUAGCGUUAAGAUUUCCCGUCAAUGGAACUAAGGGGCCUAGCCCGAACCAUGAAAAACAGCCUAAACCAUUUUUUAUCGUCAACCAAACUGAAGUUGGAACCGUGCAUUCUUGAAGGUGGUGUUCUCCUGGCAUCCGCCAAACCCAGAUUCGUCCGUCAGAUUGCCAGAUGGUGAAGAGUGAUUCAUCACAGAGAACACGUUUCCACUGCUCCAUAGCGAAAUGGCGGUGAGCUUUACACCACUCCAGCCGAUGCUUGGUGUUGUGCCUGGUGAUCUUAUGCUUGUGUGUGGCUGCUCGGCCAUGGAAACCUGUUUCGUGAAGCUCCCGACGAACAGUUCUUGUGCUGACUUUGCUUCCGGAGGCAGUUUGGAACUCGGUAGUGAGUGUUGGAAUAGUGGCGUAUUAUGACAGUGCAACAUUGAAAGUCACUGAGCUCUUCAGUGAGGUCAUUCUACUGCCAAUGUUUGUCUAUGGAGAUUGCAUGUCUGUGCACUCAAUUUUAUACACCUGUCAGCAGCAACGGGUGUGGCUGAAAUAGACAAAUCCACUAAUUUGAAGGGGUGUCUAUACAGUUUUGUCUAUAUAGUGUGUCUUCAUUCAUAACACACACACGCACAUCCCUCUGAGCCCAGACAUUAAAGAAAAACAAAAGAAAGGGGGGGCCAAGAUGAAACGGUGUGCGAUCAAGCGCGUUAAAAGCAUCAAUUGGCUGUGGAUUGAUUGGGAAUUGAAGGAACUCCGGCAGCCAAACACUGGGUAAUUGGGAUCGAUUGAGCUUAGAGUGUGGGUGUGCGUGAGAGGUGGAGUUGCUUUUCAUAUUGAGCAGGAGAAAGUGAAUGCAGACAGAAUACCUUACCCCACAGUGUAUUUAACCUCAUGAAGACAUGUUACAGACGAGCGCUUGGCUAUUCCUACAGCAGCAUAGCCCACAAUGUGUUACAAUAGAUCUGUCUCUUCUAUAUGUCAGCAUCUACUGGAGUAAAGUCCACGUUUCUCUUAAAACUCAAAUGGAGAGGGAGAGAGUGAGACAAAUGGGAAGAUGGUGAUGGAGGGAUAGAAAGCAGCUUUGAGAAGAGUGGAGUGAAAGAGAGUGUAUGAUGGCUCUGGUGUCCAGGGUCCUCUCCUCUGACAGAGUUCCGCUCCGCAGAGACACAGAGAAACACUUGGUUGCUCAGGAGACCGUGGAGGAUCCUUCUCUCUCCUCUUGGCCUAUGACUCCCUCUUUCUCUCACCCCUCGGUCUCUCAGAUCUCU